AUGAUUUCCAAAAGGGAACAAGAAGAAGCAAAUGAGAUGGUGGAAAACAACCAAGAUAGUGAUAAUGAGGAAGAUGAUAAGUUGGGAGAUUGGUUGAGUUUAAGCCUCAACUCAAAUGAGCCAUCUGCAGCUGGGGACUGUGAUCCUCUGUCACCAAAACCAUCAACUAGCAGCAACAAGGUUUUCUCAUGCAACUUUUGCCUGAGGAAAUUCUAUAGCUCACAGGCCUUGGGAGGUCAUCAAAAUGCACACAAAAGAGAAAGAGGAGCUGCCAAAAGGUACCAGUCUCACAGAAUGAUGAUGUCAUCAAUGGGGUUUCCAUUCAACCCUGUGGCUGCAGCAAGGUCACUAGGUGUCCAGCCUCACUCACUUGUGCAGAAGCCAAGCAGAUCAGAUGGGUCUUCAAUGGUGGCAAGAUUUAGUGACCCCAGCACAGGUUUUGGGAUGGCAUGGACACCGUUCAUGCUUGAAGAAACCAUGGAUUUGAUUUGGCCAGGAAGUUUUCGUGUGGACAAAUUUCCAACACAAGAAUCAGAUGUACAUAAUAAGCAGCUGGACUUAAAUCUUCGGCUGUGA